AUGAUAUCACUUGAAGUUUUGGGGAUCGCUUCAUUUUUGGAUUUCGCUGGCCUAUUGAUGUUUGUCCAGAAAAUCUCCAUUUACUUGCUCAUUGAUGCCACGUUUUAUUACGAAGUAAUGGCUCUAAGAGCCUAUUUUUCACGCAUCAUCAAACAAGACAUCGACAUCAAGCAUAAUUUCGACCCUUCUACACAUAAUACAACAUUUAAUGAAAUUAUUGCCAAUCGCGAUGCUGAUUGUCGUGUCAAAUUUAACGCUGAACUUACCUUACCAGAGAUCCAAAGAAUCUUGACAAUGCUUAAUAUUUCUACUGUGAGACUUGAUGAGAUCGAACAAGUUCUUCAAAACUACCAUAACAAUUUUGGUAGAGUCGUAACCGAAUUCGAAUCAAUCAAUGCUUCUAUCGUAACUCUUCAAGGUGAAAUAAAUCAACAUUAUGCGAUGAUUCUAAGAACUGAAGAGAUUGAAUUCGAUCAACAAAGCGUGAUGAGUCAAGCUUCCAAUCAUUCUGCAGGUCAAGCUUCAAAUUAUUCCUCUGCAAACUCAGGAUAA